AUGAUGAGUCAAACUGGUAUUAAUGAUAAAAGUUAUAAUGAAUUUGAUAACCUGAAAGAAGAAUCAAGCAAAUUAAGCCAGAAUAAAGCUGAUGAAGUUACUAGUGAAGAAGUUUCUGAGGAUCUUUCUUUAUUUAUUACUUCAAUUAACUGUAAUGGAAUAUCUAAAUGGCGUCUACUUGAAAAAUUAUCAAUACCUCAUAUUUCCUUUAAACAAGCAGCAAGCUUAUAUAUAGGAUUGCAGUUUGAACACUGGGAUCAUAAUAAAAAACUAGAUAAAAAUAGUGGGGUUUAUAAGUAUGUAUUUGAAUGUCAACAUGCUAAAAACUAUCAAUUAAAGAAAAAAGCAACUGAUCCUUCACAACAAUGUAACUGGAAGUCUGUUAAGAUGGGUUGUAUCUGUUUUAUUAAUAUUUGUUGGCCAUUAAGUGCACCGAGUUCAUCAAUAACUAAAUUAAAUCUUAUCCAUCAUGGUUAUACACUUUGUUCUAAUAAUGCACACUUUAUUAAUAUAUAUCAACAACUUCCUCAAAACAUAAUCGAUAAGGUUAGAUUUUAUGUAAAAGCAGUUCCCAAUAUUAGUUAA